GGCAGUACGUUUAGUUGUGUGUUUUACGUUUUACCACAUCAAACAAACAAAACAAACUUGCACUCUCUCUCUCCUCUCACAACACUCCACUCCACACACUCCCAUCUCUCUUGUGACUCUUUCUUCUCUCUCGCAUUAUUUUUUUCCAUCUUCUCUAACAACAAACACAAAAUAAUAAUGGGCAAAGGAGGUACACAAUCGUCAUCCUCCGCCGCGGCGGCCACAUCGUCGCAACCAAUAAGCGACGGCGUUUUGAAGAAGAUAGUCGUGGCCUACACGUACGUGGCCAUAUGGAUCUUCCUGUCGUUCACAGUGAUCGUGUACAACAAAUACAUUCUGGACAAGAAGCUGUACAACUGGCCAUUCCCGAUCUCGCUCACCAUGAUCCACAUGUCAUUCUGCGCCUCCCUAGCGUUCUUCCUCGUCCGCGUCCUCCGCCUCGUGGAUCUCCCCUCCGCCAUGUCCACCUCCCUCUACAUCUCCUCCGUCGUCCCGAUCGGCGCCCUCUACUCGCUCUCCCUCUGGCUCUCCAACUCCGCCUACAUCUACCUCUCCGUCUCCUUCAUCCAGAUGCUCAAGGCACUCAUGCCGGUCGCCGUCUACUCCAUCGGCGUUCUCCUCAAGAAAGAGUCUUACCACAGCAACACCAUGCUCAACAUGUUAUCCAUCUCCCUCGGCGUCGCCGUCGCUGCCUACGGCGAAGCCAGGUUCGACACCUGGGGAGUUACAUUGCAGAUUGGCGCCGUGGCGUUUGAAGCCACGCGCCUCGUCCUGAUCCAGAUUCUGCUGACGUCAAAGGGAAUCUCGCUUAACCCUAUAACUUCUCUCUACUACGUUGCGCCGUGUUGUUUGCUUUUUCUAUCUGUACCGUGGCUCGUUGUGGAGUACCCUCUGCUGAGGGAAACUUCGAGUUUUCAGUUUGAUUGGAUCAUUUUCGGUACCAAUUCGCUUUGCGCUUUCGCCCUCAACCUUGCGGUGUUCUUGCUGGUUGGGAAGACGUCGGCGCUGACCAUGAACGUCGCCGGAGUGGUCAAAGAUUGGUUGCUUAUUGCGUUUUCUUGGUCUGUGAUUCGCGAUACCGUUACGCCGAUUAAUUUGUUUGGUUAUGGGCUUGCGUUUCUUGGUGUGGCGUAUUAUAAUCAUGCCAAGUUGCAGGGGCUCAAGGCUAAGGAGGCGCAGAGGAAGGUUGAGGGUGGCGGCGCCGGUGCUGACCAUGACGAGGAGAAAGGGAGGUUGCUGCCGGAUAGGGAUGGAGACAAAAGGGGUGAUCAGCAAAAAUGAAAAGAUUUUGGUCUCCGAAAAACUGUUUCUUGAACAUAUAGUCAUUAUCGUCAUAUGUUUAUCAUCCAAUAAUGAUAUAAGGAUGAUGAGUUAGCAGAAAUACGAUGAUAACUAUAUUUAAAUAAUGUUGUUAAUGUGGUAGUUUAGUUUAGAAAUGAAAACAAUGGAGUAAAAAAUAAAACAUGGAGCAGAGGACGAAGGAAAAAAAUCAAGUCAGGAGUAGUAGGAAGUGGCAUCCUCUGCAACUUGAAGAUUUGGUAAUUUUUUUUCUUAUAGAUAUUUAUAGUAUAUUGUGAGGGAUUUGGGAUUCGGAGAAUUGAAUCAUCUGUGUAACUAGAAUGAGAGUCUCAAAUCCUUUUAUUUAUUUACUAUGCUUAGUUUUUCUUUUCAUGCUGUGUUACUAUAGGGACUUAUAUGGAGUUUUUCUAAUGCUUAU